AUGGGAGACCCUAUUAUAAAAAUUAUUAGCCAAAGUGACAAACGCGGAGGACAACCUUAUCCGAGUUGGUUAAUCUCUGGUUUCGAACAAACUCUAAUGGAUUGUGAUCUUUUUGACAUGGACUUGAUUGGUUAUGCCUAUACUUGGGAAAAAGGGAGGGGAACUUCUCGUUGGAUAGAAGUUCGAUUGGAUCGCGCCCUUGUUUCAUCGGUUUGGCUUCAAACUUUUACACAAGCUCGGUUACUAAACCUUGAAUUUUCUUCAUCAGACCACUCGCCAAUUUUCCUAGAAGUCGUAGCUCCGGACGUCUUCAUUCCUAAUCGGCAAUUCAGGUUUGAAAAUGCUUGGUUAAAAGAACCGAUGUGCUUUGAAAUUGUGAAGGAUUGUUGGAAUGUUCCUAACCAUGUGAGUGUGGCCGAAAAAAUAUCUCUUUGUGCUGAGAAAUUAUCAACUUGGGGAAAAAAUGUGACUGGCAAUUUUAAGCUUCGAAUCAAGAAAUGCCGAAAUGAGUUGAAUCAAUUGAAGAACAAAAGAGAUACUCUCUCCGUCCAACGGUAUAGUGAGAAGAAAAAGGAACUUUUUUUGGUGUUGGACCAAAAAGAAGUCUUUUGGAAGCAGAGGGCGAAGCAGUUUUGGCUUAAGGAAGGUGAUCAGAACUCUAAAUACUUUCAUAGGGCUGCUAGCAAUAGAAAGAGUUUCAACAAGAUUUCAAAGCUUAAAGAUACUAGUGGUACUUGGAAGGAUUGGGAUAAUGGCCUUGCGGAUGUCGUUGUGGAAUAUUUCUCUUCUCUCUUCAGUGCAUCGAACUUGAGUAGUGACAUGGUGGUUCAGAGUAUUCAAAGUCGGGUGUCUACACGUAUUAAUGAAGACCUCAAUCAACCGAUUCUUGCCGAGGAAGUUCGUAAGGCUGUGUUCAGUAUGCAUCCAGAUAAAAGCCCCGGCCCAGACGGUAUGACUCCAGCAUUUUAUCAGAAGUGUUGGGAUAUUAUUCAGAUUGAUGUUGUCAAUGUGGUUCAGGAUUUCUUUACUACAGGGGAACUGGGUUCAUCUUGCGGUGAUGCUAAUGUGGUGUUGAUUCCGAAAAAGAAAGUCCCUGAAAGUAUGGUUGAUUUAAGACCAAUUGCUUUAUGUAAUGUUCUGUAUAAGAUCAUUACUAAAGUAAUGGCCAAUAGGAUGAAGCCUUACAUGGAUCAAAUUGUAUCUGAAUCCCAAAGCGCUUUCAUUCCAGGGAGACUCAUUACUGAUAAUAUUCUUGUUUCCUUUGAAGUUCUCCACUACUUGAAGAGGAAAAGAAAAGGCAAGGACGGUUAUAUGGCUUUGAAACUGGAUCUUAGUAAAGCCUAUGAUCGUAUAGAGUGGAACUUCUUGGAUUCGGUGCUUAGAAAGAUUGGUUUCUCGGAUAGGUGGAUAUCAUUGGUGAUGAAGUGUGUUAGUUCUGCAAGCUACAAAGUGAUUCAUGGGGGAAGAACCAUGGGACCGAUUAUACCCUCAAGAGGUAUCCGUCAAGGGGAUCCUUUAUCUCCCUACAUUUUUAUCUUGUGUGCAGAAGGUUUAUCAGCUUUGAUCAAAAGAUAUGAGGAUAGGGGUCUCAUUCAUGGUUGCAAAGUGGCGAAUGGCGCUCCAAAAGUGUCUCACAUGCUUUUCGCUGACGAUAGUUACUUGUACUGUAAAGCAACUCUACUAGAGGCCAAUCGGAUUCGAGAACUUCUUCACCAGUUUGAAUGUGCUUCAGGACAAAAAGUGAACUUGGGGAAAUCGUCAAUCUUCUAUAGUACUAACACUGAGAACCAGGUGAGGGAGGAUAUAAGCUCUUUGUUACAAAUGCCUCAAGCUGAUGAACGGAGUAUGUAUCUGGGGCUUCCAAGUACUAUGGGAAGGAAUAAGUCAGCUGUGCUGGGUUUCUUGAAGGACAGAGUCAGGAAAAAGCUUCAAGGUUGGGAUUCAAAAAUUCUGUCUCGUGCCGGUAAAGAGGUAUUAAUUAAAUCUGUUGCUCAAGCUCUCCCUAGCUAUGCUAUGAAUGUUUUUUUACUUCCUUUGGAGAUUAGUAGAGACAUUGAAAGUACCAUGGCGAGAUUUUGGUGGAAGAGUUCGUCAAAAGAUAAUAAAGGUAUCCCUUGGAUGUCAUGGGAUCGGAUGUGUAAUAGCAAAAGCAAUGGAGGACUUGGAUUUCGUAGUCUUCAUGAUUUUAACUUGGCACUAUUGGGAAAACAAGGUUGGCGUUUUCUAACAAGAACUGAGUCUCUGGUUACUCGCAUUUUCAAGGCGAGAUAUUUCCCACAUGGAACAUACCUCACGGCCACUAUUGGAAACAACCCGAGCUUUGUGUGGCGUAGUAUUUGGGAAGCCCAGUCUCUUGUUCGGGCGGGAGUUCGCUGGAGCGUGGGGAAUGGCUCAUCCAUUAAUGUGCUGAAUGAACCAUGGUUACCGGAUCAUCAACAACCAGUAGUGAUUUCGUCUCACCCAGCCCUUCAACAAGCCAAAGUGUGCAACAUAAUGUCAAUGGAUUCGUCUUCCUGGGAUGAGGAUAUUCUAAAGGAUUUGUUUGAGGAACGUGACCAGAGAUUGAUAAGGCAAAUUCCUUUGAAUAUAAACCACACCUCAGAUUCCCUUUGCUGGUUUAAUGAGCCCAAUGGUAUGUACUCGGUCCGGAGUGCCUAUACAUUACAACAAAAAUUGAAGGGACUUGGAAAUGAUGUAGCUGCCUCGGAUUUUUGGAAGUCGUUAUGGGCAUUGAAACUGCCACCAAAAAUCAAGAACCUGAUGUGGAGAGCCGGUUCUAACUGCCUUCCUACUCUCGCUCAACUCGCCUCUAAGCAUGUUCCAGUCAGCACGUUGUGUCCUUUGUGCGAGGAGAUGGACGAGACAAUCUCUCAUGUGCUACUGACUUGCCGUGUAGUUACGAAGGUGUGGGAAAGGGUCGGUAUUGGCACUACCGUGACUGCAGCAGGAGGCAUGUUCCUGGACUGGUGCGUGUCGAUUUUCACGCAUUUAUCAGCUGAAAAACAAGGCCUGGCUGCUGCUUUGUGUUGGGCCGUUUGGGGAGCGAGAAAUGAUGUUGUAUGGCAAGGGAAAUCGUUUAAUUUUUCAUCCAUAGUCGCCUCUGCUAAAAGUUAUCUUGAUCAAUGGAAACACGCUCAAAAAACUCAAAUUGAGUCAUUAUGGUCUGAUCUUCAGGACUAUGAUGGGAUGGAGCGUUGGAUUAAACCUCAGAUUAAUAGCAUCAAGAUCAAUGUGGAUGCAGCUAUUUUUGAAAGACAAAACCGAUUUGGAAGUGCCUUGGUGGUUCGGGACCAUCAUGGUAUGCUUAUCGAAUGCCGUACCAAGUUACAUAUUGGUAAUAUUGCUCCGUCCAUUGCUGAAGCCUUGAGCUUUCGGGAAGCUCUUAGUUGGAUCAAAGACCAAAAUUAUAACGAAGCUUGGGUCGAGACGGAUUGCUUAGUGGUUGUACAAGCUUUGCGAAACUCGACUAUCUUAUCUUCUCAUUUUGGAUGUGUGAUCCAAGAUUGCAAAGCCAUGUUGGCUAGUUUGAAUAAUGUUUAUUUUUGCUUUGUUAAGCGGUCAGCUAAUAGAGUUGCUCAUGAAUUUGCUAGAGCAUCUCUAUUAUUUCCUGAUUGUACCUUCAGUAUGGAAAAUAUUCCAACUGAGUUGUUGCCUACUUUGGUAACUGAUUUCGAAGGUUAA